AUGUGGCCUAUAUUGUGUACUGUAAACCAACAAGGUCCAUAUACAAUUGCUUUAUGGUAUGGCGAAGGAAAACCUACAAUUCUUAGAGAAUAUUUUGAAAAAUUUGUGGCGGAAAUGAAAUUCUUUUUUAUAAAUGGGUAUGUGGGCUUAAAGGUGAUGGUUAAGGCAUUUGUAUGUAAUGCACCAGCCAGAGCAUUUUUAAAAUGUAUAAAAGGACAUAGUGGAUAUGACAGCUGUGAAAGAUACCAAGAACAUGGUGAAUAUAAUAAAGGCAUAAGAUUAUUAGGCACUAAAUCUUUAUUACGAGAUGAUAAAAAAUUUAAAGAAAAUUUUUAUUUAAAACACCAGAUUGGCAAAUCACCAUUAUCCGAUAUUGAAAUUCGAAUGGUGACAGGAUUUGUUCUCGACUACAUGCAUUUAGUUUGUUUAGGUAUUACGAAAAAGCUUAUGAAAAAUUAUAUUAACAAUAUAGGUUCUUCCGUACACAGCAAAAUUUCAUCAGAACUGCUUGAAAUACGAAAAUGCACACCAUCAGAUUUUCACUAA